AUGGUUGUUGACAUUCGUAAAUUAAGUAAUGGUUCAGGUCCAGCACGAUCUGUUUAUCAACAUGGACAUUUUUGUGUUCGUGUAUUUCAUCGUCUUAUAUCUUAUCCAGGCUAUACAUUAUUUGUAUUAUUUAUAAUAUAUUUACAAUUAAUGGAACUUAUACUUUAUUUUAAAAUACGUUCAAGAGGAUCAUUAGAUUUUACUUUAUCAAAUACAAUAUUAAAUAAAACAACUAAUCCAACAACAUUAACUCAUACAAUACAUAUAUUUGAUCCAUUACCAAUAAAAAAAAUUAUGGUCGAACCAAUUAUUCAUUAUAUUCGUUCACCAUUAGCUGAAAAUAUAGAAACAAAAUUACAUUUUACAUAUUAUUUUCCAUUUAUAUCAGCAAAUGCCAUAUCAUUAUUUCAUUGUUUUUUAUCAUUAAUAACAAUGAAAUUUCUUUCAAGUGAAUCAUUAUUUCGACGUCAAAUAGGUGUUAUUAUAUUUCAAUUUCGUACAUUUCUUGAUUGUUUUGAUGGUGUCAUUUAUCGUGCACAUACCAAUAAUAAACGUUUUAAAUCCUAUUAUGGAAAUUUUGGUUAUUAUGUUGAUGUUAUUAGUGAUGUAUUAGGUGGUACAUGUCUUAUUAUUGGUUGUUUAUUUUAUUUUUAUAAACAACGACCAUUCCGUACAAAAUUAUCACCAAUAACACGUUCAAAUCGACAUUUAAGUUCAUCCGCAAGUGAUGGAGGAGGUGAUGAAACUGAUUUAAUUAUUUUGAAUAUUGAUGAUGAACAAUCAUAUUCUCAUAUUCAUUCAUCAUCAAAAAAACAUGAUACAAAUUCUAAUUUACUUGAAACAAAACAAACUAUAUUUAUAACAUUAGCAUUAUUUUCAGUACGUUAUGCAUUAUCUGCUAUGUUUUGGGAUAGAAAUGUACAUGCUUAUGAAGAUUUACUUGAUUCAAAAGUAUAUUUGUCACAACAAAAAGCUUUACAAUUAAGUAUUUUACAUUCACCAUUAACUAUCUUGAUAUUUUAUUUAUGGAGAUAUUUAUGUGCACUUAGUAUUCAAGAUUAUCUUUUAUUUGCAAUUUUUAUUGAUCGAACGUGGGAAUUUAUACAAAAUACUAGUACGAUAUAUUGGUGUACUCUAUUAUUAACAAUAUUAUUAACAGAAUUACAUAUUAAUCAAAUACGAUCUCUAUUUGGUAUUUUUCCUACUUAG